AUAAUUUGAAACGCACGUCGUCUAUUUGAUUAGCCAGUUUCAAUUACGAUACAAUCUUGCUACUCUCGCACUUGAUGUAUGACACCACGUAUUGAUAUAGGAAACCACGGAAUGACAUAUGUCAGAACAGUGAAAUGCAUAAAAUAUAUGAGCUAUGGAGUACGAGAACUUGACAACGCAAAAUGAAAACAGCACAAUAAUGGGAAAUACAACAACAACAACAUUUAAAUGUAAAACAUGCGGAAUGGAGGCUAUGUCAUGGGACGACGCCACAUGGAUACUGGCAACCUCGUUCAUAAUAUUUACAAUGCAGACAGGUUUUGGGAUGUUAGAGGCGGGUGCAGUAUCCCUCAAGAACGAAGUCAACAUCAUGGUAAAAAAUGCAGUAGAUGUUAUAUUCGGCGGUAUCUCUUAUUGGGCAUUUGGAUACGGUCUAAGUUUCGGAGAGGACGUCGGCAGCAACCCGUUUUGCGGCGUAGGCAGUUUCUUUGUAGACGCCACUAAUGACAACAUGGGUGUUGUUUUCUCAACGUUCGUCUUCCAACUAUCAUUUGCAACGACCGCUACGACAAUCGUUAGCGGAAUGAUGGCGGAAAGAACCAAACUCUUAACCUACACAAUAUUUUCAUUUUUCAAUACUCUGGUGUAUUGCAUUCCGGCCCAUUGGAUAUGGGGAACGAAUGGCUUUUUAGGUGCAUUGGGUGUAAUCGACAUUGCAGGCUCAGGAACUGUACAUUUAUUAGGGGCCGCUUCCGGUCUUGUUGCAACAACGUUGUUAAAACCACGCCUUGGUCGUUAUGACAACGGAACGAAACCACUUCCACUUGGUAACGGCACUAACUCGAUCUUGGGGAUGUUUAUAUUAUGGUGGGGGUGGCUCGCAUUCAAUUGUGGAAGCACCUUUGGUAUAUCAGGAGGGAAAUGGAAACUUGCGGCAAAAUCAGCCGCUACAACGCUUGUUGGGGCCAUGGGAGGGGGUGCUAGUGGCAUGAUUUACAGCGGAAUUCGUACAAAGGGACAGGUUCAUGUUCCCGAUUUAGUAAACGGGAUAUUGGGUGCUCUUGUGUCUGUCACAGCGGGCUGUGCGAUCAUAAAACCUUGGGAAGCUAUUGUGAUCGGAGGGAUUGGAGGCCUUCUUGCCAUAAUUGGAGUCUUUCUCCUCGAUAAGCUUAGAGUUGACGACCCAGUCGGUGGAUUUGGAGUCCAUGGUGUUGGCGGAUUCUGGGGGAUGAUAUCGGUUGGCUUGUUCGCAUCGUAUGAUCCAAUUGAAAACAUGAGUAAAGGUCAAAAUGGGCUCUUCAGGGGAGGUGGAUUUUACCUACUUGGGGUGCAGCUACUAGCGUGUGUCUGUAUCACAAUUUGGUCGGCAUGUAUGACACUUUUAAUUUUACUUCCCAUGCAUUUAAUAUAUGGUAUCCGUAUGUCCGAAGACGAGGAGAUAUUGGGGUCAGACUAUGUGGAACACGGGAUCGAACAUCAACUACAGACUGGAGUCUUUUUCAAUGGUGAACGCAUACAGAGUGAACCUACUUUAUAUAGCAGGAGACAGUCUAGGAGAUCAACACAUAUACUUAACAAUAAAGUAGGCUCAACAGCUAGUAUGAAAAGCUAUACCUGGACAGUGAGUGGUAGUAUAAAACCAAACGACAACUCGCAAAAGCAAAACGAAACAGAAUUAGACGCAAAGAGUAUCAAAACAGUUAGCUUUUUACCUACAAAUGAGAGCAAAGAAAGGGAUGAAACGGAUUUCGUCAAUUCCACAGAGACCAUGAAAACGACAGACAAUAAAGACAACGAAAAUAUUUUGAUUAAUCGGCGUUCUAGUUUUAAAAAGGACGCUGAAAUCGAGAGGACGAUAAGUGACGCUAAAAUCGAACCAAUUGAGACGCCAUGUUUAUCUGGUUCAACAAUUAACCUGCUCCCGGGAACAGCGCAAUAGUCUAGCUCGUUGAGAAUCUCAAAAGUGAUUUAUACAUGGUGAUCCGAAGAUAACGCAACAAUCCAAUUUAAGAAUAACUCGCACAUUUGAUCAUAUAUAGAUGGCGCAUUCUUGUUUAUAAGAGUUUCUCUAUCUAAAUCUUGUAUUCUGAUGCCUUGGUCACAUUUGCU